AAAUAUUCAGUAGCUAACUAAGAGAGCAUUUAGCCAAGACAAACUAAGUGGCAACCUGUGGCAAAACAUGAGUGGAUGUCCUUUUUUAGGGAGGAAAUAUCAAUUACUUGCUCACAAUACUACAGAGGAGGAAGAUGAUUCCCAGAAGGGCGUGAACAACGCCGCUAAAGGAGGAAUCAUUUAUGGAGACUAUCUAAAGUUGGACAAGGUUUUAAAUGCUCAAGUGUUACAAAGUGAGCUGAGAGGCAACAAAAUUCAUGAUGAGCAUCUCUUCAUUGUCACCCACCAAGCAUAUGAACUCUGGUUUAAGCAAGUCCUUUGGGAACUGGACUCAGUGCGUGAACUGUUCGUACAAAAUCACGUACGAGAUGAGAGGAACAUGUUGAAGGUGGUGAGUCGGAUUCAUAGAAUUACCAUGAUAUUCAAACUACUUGUGGAUCAGUUUGCUGUUUUGGAGACAAUGACUGCAUUGGACUUCUUUGACUUCAGGGAAUACUUGUCUCCAGCUUCAGGGUUCCAAAGUCUUCAGUUCCGUCUCUUGGAGAAUAAAAUUGGUGUGGCAGACAACCUACGAGUUCCAUACAACCGUCAGCAUUACAGGGACAACUUCCAUGGCCAGGAAAGCGAGAACUUACUCAGAUCAGAGCAGGACCCUACCUUGCUGCAACUUGUGGAGAAAUGGUUGGAGAGAACACCUGGUCUGGAAGAAGAUGGUUUCAACUUUUGGGGGAAGUUACAAGCAAACAUUGAAGAGGGUUUCAAAUUGAAGAUGCAGAAACUUGAGAAAGAACCAGAUUCUGAGAUGAAAGAAGACAUGAUUCAGGAUCUCAACAAACAGAUCGAAAUGUUCACUUCUCUGUUUGAUUCCAAACGUCACGAUCAUCUUUUAAGCAAAGGUGAACGACGACUCUCGUACAAAGGCCUUCAAGGAGCUCUGAUGAUCUACUUCUACAGGGAGGAACCUCGCUUCCAAGUGCCCUUCCAGCUACUGACUUCUCUGAUGGAGAUUGACACCCUCAUGACUAAAUGGAGAUAUAACCAUGUGUGCAUGGUGCACCGCAUGAUUGGCAGCAAAGCAGGCACAGGAGGGUCCUCAGGCUACCACUACUUGCGCUCCACAGUCAGUGACCGUUAUAAAGUUUUUGUGGAUUUGUUCAACCUGGCCACUUACCUGGUGCCACGUGACUGGGUUCCCAAACUGAACCCCAACAUUCAUAAAUUCCCAUAUACAGCUGAGUGUUCUGAUAGCUCAUACAGUUCAUGUAGCUCCUGCAGUGGAGAGGAGUCUGAUUAAAAACACUGCUUUCUCUCCAUUGUGGAGUGUAGACAUGUAAGAAGCCAAGCAAUUACAAUGAGCAGACAUUUAAAUAAAAUCAUAAAUUGAUGAGACUUUCAGAUAAAUGCUGGCUUCCUCAAUCCUGCUGCAAAAAACUGUCUUAAAGAUUAAGGAACUUAAAUUAUUCCAUAACAUUUGUAGACAUAAUCCUGUAAAUAUUAUUUAUAUCCCAAACUUUAUGGAGAGCAAUCUUAUGACAAAUCUCAUUUCCUCUGUAGUGAUUAGAUCUCCUAAGAGAUUAAACAUACAUGUUUUGUACACAAUUAAUUGUAAAUAUAUGAUAUUUACUUAGAUAUAACUGUGUAUAUUGGGAUUCAGUGUAGUUUUUAUUCAGUUUGUACACAGGAGUAUAUUUUAGUUGAUAAGAUCAAAUUUAUAGUAUUGUUACACUUGCUGUAUGUUCAUAUGCUUACAAAUAAAAGUUGAAUAAAAACAUCUGUACAAUCUAUAAAAAAA